UCAACAAUACGAUGUGUACUAGAUAUCUUAAUUUGCUCCUGUAGAUUUUAAAUAAUUUGAAAGAUGUUGGAGAAAACAUCCGGCACGGAUAAUAACCAAUUGUCCAAAGAAGAUUACCUAAUUAUGCGGGCGAAAGAUGCACUACCGGUUGAUAUCUAUGCAGCUAAAUCCUGGCUAAUUACUGCUAGAUCUUUGUUUCCUCAUAGUGCUAAAGUUCAGUUCGAAGCGUACCGGAUAGAAAAGCUUUCGAAAAAUGUGAAGGAAGCAGCAAAAUGUUUUAGUGAAAUAUUUCAGAAUUUUCCAGAUGAUCGUGAUAUAUGGAAAGAAAUAGAAACAGUAACAGCUUGUCUUCGUUUGGAACAAUGUGAUCCAGAAGCAGAAUUUUUAUGUCAAAUGUUCCAACAUAUACCACAAGAGCUUCAGCACAGAUUACUCAUUAUGACAGCUGAUCAUAGUGAAGAUACAAUGGAACACUGUAAAUUGCUGCUUCUUUUAUUACGUAGAUUUCCUCAAACUAUUGCCACUCAUGGACCACGGUUAGUGGAAACUCUUCUUACUGCUGAGAAACACAGUCAUCCAGGACGUGCAGUAAAUGGUUUCAGAAAAUUAUUAGCCUGUGAUGCACUACCACUUCUUGGUACUGCACCAGUAGAAUUAAAUCCAAGGCUUAGCUUAAGAUUACUUUGUAAAGCAGUAGAAUUUUAUUUAGCCUAUAUACAACAGCCACAAGAUAAUCAAAUUCAACAUCCCUGGGAUAGACUGUUUCAAGUUGUUGAAUUAAUUGGCAAAAAAUUAGGGUGGGAAUUGAGUAGUUUAUUCUCUACAACUUGGAAUAGAGAUACUUAUUGUGAAAGGUUGCAUCAAUAUGCAGUUAUACAUUCAGGAAAUUUAUGUGAAGAAUUGGUAGUUAGGCAACUAUUAAUGUGUACUGUUGUGGUAUUACUACGAAUAUUAAAUGAGCAUAAUGCACUUAUUAAUAAUGAUGAAACCAUGUACUGUUUGGUAGAAGCAUUUGGAGAAUGUGUACAUUCACCAACUGAACCGAAAUUGAAAAAACGUAAAAGAGAAGAUAAUGGGGGAAUCGUAGUAACUAGCGACGGUGAUUAUAGCGGUAAUGGUUUGGCAUUAGCGGUGAAGUUAUGGGACUUAUUACAUAGUAGUGAUUAUUUGCAAAGAGAAAUAGGGAAAUUAAAUCAGCAACUUCGAUUAGAUUCGUGGCUGAACUCAUUUUUAACAGAUUUAGCUAUGUAUAAGGGUUUACAUCACGAAGUAUUAGCCAGAUUAUCACAAGAAGCAGGUAGUUUAUCUGCCCAUCUUCGUUUAGCAAGUACAUGUUUUUUCUUGAAAGAUUAUAAGGGAAUGUUGGAGUAUAUAGUUUUAGUAGUUAGCGCAUUACCCUCAAUUUGUGGGAAAGUAUCUCAUAAUGUAACAGUUCCGUGUGCAAGGCAUUUACAUUAUUUGACUCUUGCACGUUUUCCUGUUAUACAGUAUUGUUGCCGAUUGCUUCUUUUAGCGAUAAAGGAAAACUUCUCUUUACCCGGUGGUGUUGGAGACUUAGCUAUAGGUCAUGCAUUAGUAUUAAUGCAAAUUGAUUGGCCACAAGAAGCUAGUACCUUAUCUACAAUUACGGAAAGGAUUACCAAUCGUGGAUCUUUCUCUUAUCCAUUAUUUCAAGCUUACAUUAUAUGUGUAGAUAUUUUAGAAGAAUUGACAUAUCUUUGGACAGAACAUGGUGGUGGUGUAUCUUUAGAUAUAGCCACGGGAUCUGGAGUCUUACAAAGUCGUCGUAUUAUGUAUUAAGCAUCAUACCUUUAUAUGUAUAUUUAUAAUAUAUCUAUAUAUAAAUAUUAUAGACAAGCUGCCCGAGACGGCAUCGACCCACUAGAUGAAUUAUUACAAAAAUUUAUUAUCAAUGAAAAAGCCGCUAUAUUACACAGUUUAAUCAUUCAAUAA